ACAACUCGUAGCCCUUCAGCAGUUAGGUUACUGAAUGAUUGUUCCAUCCAUCCAUUUUCAGAGGUUUCUCAUGGUUAGUGUUCUGAGGGGGUGGUGGUCUGGAUACACCCUGGACUGGAUGCCAACAAGCGGUUGAUGAAAUGAUUAUACUCUAUUGAUCCCUGUGGGGAACCUCCUUUUGCCCGCCCCAUCUUGCUCUCUGUAGGUGAGGGUAAGCUUGGCCGCGAAGGGCAGCCACCCAGGGAGCUGGGGGUUAUGGGCCUUGCUCAAGGGCUCACAAAUCUGCCGAAACCAGACUUGAACCGGCAAUUUUCUGAUCACAAGCAUAGACGCUUAGUACCACAGAGUCCCACACUGCCCCCAAAACAUGUUUCCGCCCAGUUUCGAAUCGGGGACCUUUCACGUGUUAGAGAAACAUACCCACUACACUAUGGAAACUCGGAUGCAUUUUAGGAAGAACUUUACACAGUCUAUCGCAGGCUUUUUUUUGCAUCCUCAUAUCGGAUUACACCAUCAAAACGAUAAUGCUCUUCUACUACCAGCUACAUCUAAUCACAGUCUCAUCAAAACCAUGCAACAUUAGCUUAUUCGUUAAGAAGCGUGGGAACCAAACAUGGUGGCUCUCCAGAACCAAUCACACGGAGUGCCGUUUAUUUAUACCGCACACGCCCAUCAGCCCUAGUGUGGCUGUGCUGUCCCUUUGCCACUUAUCCGGCACAUGCUAGCACGUCAGUGGGCGACGGAUUACACAACCCAGGAACAAUCCGGGUGGAGGGGCAUGGGGGGGUCAGAUGCAGAAGGAUUAGAUGUCAGUGGGGCGGCUGCCAGCAGGAAGAGGUGCGGCCUGUCUGACAUGUAAGGGGAUCUGCUCUGGAUUCCAGCCACAUUCCUGGAGGAAGGCCUGCACCCAGUGCCGCUGCAGCCAGGAGGAACACGCCCCCAGCUCGGACAGCGAGGACGACCGCAAGAUGGGCAGCCUGCUGGCCGAGUCGCGCUACGCACACUUGACGGCCAAGGUGAAGGGCGGCGAUGGUGCCCGUGUGUACAAGCGUAACCGCAUGAUCAUCACCAACCCCGUGGUGUCGCGCAAGGACCCCACCUUCAACACCAUCACCUACGACUGGGCCCCACCAGGACUGAACCAGAAACUGGCCGUCCUGUAUAUGGAGCAGCUCCCGGAGGAACGGCGUCCCGUCAGUGGCACCGAGGGCGCCCUCUACAGGCGUAGGCAGCUGAUGCGGCAGCUCCCGCCAUACGACCAGGAUCCCUCCAAGUGCCACGGGCUGCCCGAGGCGGAGAUGCGUGCCAUGGCGCUCUUUGUGAAGGCCUACAAGGAGGAGGCCCUCGGCGUGGCAGAGGUGGCGCUGCCCGGGGAGGGGGGGGUGGCCCGGGACGAUGCUGCCAAGCAGAAGAAUGGGAAGGCGGGUCAGGACGCGCAGGAGCCCAUCUCCCCGACCAAUGGGACGCCCGGCAAGAAAGGGGAAUAUCACUGUGAGCACUGUGGAGACCUGGUGUUGCCCGACAGCCCUGUGGUGUAUGCAGAGAGGGCCGGCUAUGAGAAGCUGUGGCACCCCACCUGCUUUGUGUGCGCGCAGUGCGGAGAAGCCCUGGUGGACCUGGUCUACUUCUGGACGAACAGCGUCGUGCUGUGCGGACGGCAUUACUGCGAGAGGCGGAGGCCACGCUGCGCCGGCUGCGACGAGCUGAUUUUUUCAGAGGACUACCAGCAGGGGGCAGAUGGCCAGGCCUGGCAUAAUGAUCACUUCUGCUGCUGGCAAUGUGGCCAGCCAAUCAGCGCCCGGUGCUCCUGUAGUCAACCCUCCAGGCCAGUGUAGAGAUCCAGGCCAGCUGCAGGCUUCCUUUGGGGCCUGCUGGAUGGCAUAAUAGCUGCAGCAGUGGAAAUAGUUUAUAGUCCUGGUCCUUUGCAGCCGUAGAUUGAAUUAUUUGUUAAAUCGGACACUCUAAAGGGUCCUGAUGAAGCUAAAUUUGCAGAUCGUGGUGAGAGCGAUGAACCCGGCACAUAGUAAUCCCCCCCCCAGGGGGGAUAGGAAGCCUCAUUUCCUCCACCACUGGCCAGCAGGAUAAUACUGAAUCACAGGUACAGGUGCAUUCAUGCAGAUGAAACGCGUUCUUUUUAUGUCUGGAACGUUUCAUAUUCUUCAAACAACUUAAGUGGCUUCAAGCUGUUCUGUCUUCAUUCUAUGGGACAUAAAAAAGCAUCUUCGGUUGCCUUGUUCGCUUGGAAGUUCCAUUAGCAGUGAACAAAACAAGUGCUUUACUUUUGUGAUCAGUUUAACUUGAUGUGAUUGGAGGCAUUCAUUCAAUGCUUAGCUCCAUCCAUACUGAUUAAAUUUCAUUUACACAAAGUUCACUGCACGUUGGUUGGUUGGGACAUGGACUGAGAAGCACUGCUCUGGUCUAAUCAGAAGAGUAAUCGGUAGCAGAAAGUAACAGUUGUAGUACUAACUGUUUGAAUUUUUAUUUAAGAGCACUUGUUUAAGGGUUCUGGGUUUUGUGAAUUUGAUUAGCUUGCAUAAAGGACAGCUAUAACGUACAUUUCUGUGUUUUAUGAAAUUAGAUUUAUCUGAUGUGACUCCCCCCCCCCCCCCCAGGAUCUUUAUUUUUUUAAGAACAAUAUUUGACUUGUUUUAUGGUUUUUGCAUAAAUUGCAUAAUUUUUCAUUUUUAUUGUUUUUCCUUAAACAGUGGUGCUUUAUUAGUCAUCGUUCUUAAUGGAUAGCACUGGAUUGUGAUGUUGCAAGAAAAAUGUAAAGAACAGACUGAAAAAGUGUGUUAUUUAAUGGGGGGGGGACUUGUUUGUUUUGAAUGAGUAUCAGAUGUAGGCGGGUCGGAUGGCUUUGUCGUAUAAGAUGACCCUCUAAGACCUGGUUUUAUGUGCUUCUUGAUCCACUCCUGGACACAUGGUGAUUCGGCAGAAAACAACGCGUCACCCCGGUUCUGCUGAAAGAAGCGAGUUUUCGCUUGUGUACAUUAUAAUUCAGAGACUCUCAUGCAACCCCAGAGGGAGAAGCUGAUGCCAAACCCAAGAAGCACAGCAAACAGACUCUCCUAUAUGAGCUAGCCAAGGAGGGACGGAGAGGGAGGAAAGAGAAAAGCACGUUUAUGUCUAAAGACAGAUGUUUUGACCAAGUGAGGCUGAAUGUAACAUAAGCACACCCGUCCCCUCCCUUUUGGAAAAGGUUUUUGCCUUGAGAUAAUUUUUAUUGAAAGGAUGUUUUUCUGGAGGGAGGGGCUCACUUGGCCUGGGAGCUUGACAGUCCUCGGCCGACUUGGAGACUCAUAAAAGAGCACCAUGUUGGUGAGAGUCUUGCGGAAAGUGCUACGCUUCGGAGAGCUUAAUGGACACAAUCCCCACCCCCCCCCCCCCAGCAAAAAAUGCUCACCAGUCCUGCGAGGAACGGCAGCCUCCCAGAGAAGGCAAUCGGUCAAGCUUCCACAAAGACGGCCAGCGUUGCUGGGAAAGAGGAUGCUGGUUUUUUUUGUCCCAAAAAUGCCCCAAGUCAUUUAGAGAUUGAUGGAUUGGUGGUGCAUCACUAGUAUUACUUAUGACAACUAAAUUACAGCAGCUUUCCCUGUAUUUAUGACUUUCCAGAGAGCAGAAUAGGAAUCCGAUCAUUAAAAUUAUGCUCAAAGCCAAAUGUUCACUAACCACACUGUACUGUCCGGAGCCCUGGGGGCUUCUAAGAGACAAUAAACAGGGAAACGAUUCAUUUCAUUACAUUGACAGAACAGAUGUUCACCGCUGAAUUCUGAAACUGUUUCCUUGAUUUCCUGAUUCUCUUCAUUGGUGUUUUUUCCCCCCACUAUAAUCUUGCAGUCGCCCCUAAAAACGUUGAAUAAAUAUUGACACCUGAGACAAUCCCAUCUCAAAUUGAGCUUAAACUCACUAAACUGGAAUAAGCCUGCACUCAUCUGACAGUUACUGCUUGUAAUCCACUCUCUUGUACCUUUUAUUCACUUUGAUUUCAUGGUAUGAUGGUUCAAGUAGACCUACGUAUAUGUUGAGCUUUGUAAUUGCCAUUAGUUACACAUUUUGGGAAUCUUAUUUCAAUUAAUGCCCCUGCUUAUAUAGAAGGCAUGUAUGUUGAGUUUAACUUUUUUAAUGUAUGUAUGUCAAGGUUUCUAGCUGAGAACAGACAUAGUCGAAUAUCCAGCGGAAAUGUAAUAGAUCGUGUUGUUUGUUUUAAAACAGCGUUUCAGGCUGCAACCAUCUUUUUAAUACUGACAUCCUGACAGUCUCUGCCAAAACUGUAAGAGGAUAUUGUAUAUUUCCACUGUUAUAAUACUCCGAAUGUCUGUAACAGAUAUAUGGCCAAACUGUGUUUUAUGCAAUCUAAUAUGUUUCAUCAUAUUAAAUAUAAUAUGUAGUGAAAA